UUUGGUCGACCGUUGCUCCUCCUCUGUCCGAUCUUCCUCUUCGGUUACGCUGACCUCAAGAGUUCUCUUUGAAGCAUCUCACGUCGGUGACGUUUAGGCUCGCGGUAGAAGUUGUUCUACGGUUUACAUAAGUGCUUCUAAAAAGGAAUUGUAUGAGUCAAAAAAUAGAAAAACCAAUACUAUCAGGUCAACGCAUCAAGACCAGAAAAAGAGAUGAAAGAGAGAAAUAUGAUCCAACUGGAUUUCGGGAUGCGGUGUUACAUGGCUUGGAAAAAGCUGGUAACGACUUAGAAGCAAUUUCUAAAUUUCUGGAUGCAGCUGGUUCCAAGUUGGAUUAUCGUCGAUAUGGGGAAGCACUAUUCGAUAUCAUGAUAGCUGGAGGCCUUUUAGUUCCUGGUGGUUCCAUUGCUCAAGAUGGUGACAAACCGGUCAAGACCAGUGCGUGUGUUUUUGAACAGGCAGAGGAUAUGGAGUCCAUGCGGAAUUUUGAACAGGUCUUUAUUAAGCUUAUGCGACGUUAUAAAUAUCUGGAAAAAAUGUUUGAAGAAGAAAUGAAAAAAGUAUUGGUAUUCAUGAAGGGAUUUUCACCUAAAGAAAGGAUUAAGCUAGCUAGAAUGACUGCGUUGUGGAUAUCUAAUGGUUCUGUACCACCCUCAGUUCUCUCGGUUCUGAUCAAUGAGCACCUUGUUAAAGAUAACUUGGCAUUAGACUUUCUAUUGGAAGUCUUUGUUACUUGGAAACAGGAGAAGGGUUUAUCUAGUUUAAUGACAGCUCUGAAAAAAGGUGGCAUUGAAGGAAGGUUGAUGGAAUUCGUACCACCAAAUAAACGAACAGAAGAACAUUUUCGAUCUGUAUUUGAAGCGGUAGGACUGGCUGAUAUUGUGAAAUUACACAAGGCUCAAGCCAGUCAAGAAGCCAAACGAGAUUUGCAACAACUUCUCUUGGAUGACUUAGGAGAGAAUAGGCCAAUGAAGGAUAUAACAUUAGAUCUUAAGGAAAUGGCACAAAGAAAUGGCAUUCCUGAACACGAAGUGAUUGGAGUGAUUUGGGUCGUUGUUAUGGGUCAAGCUGAAUGGAACAAGAAAGAAGAGUUAGUUGCUGAACAAGCACUGAAACAUCUGAAAAUUUAUACUCCAUUGUUUGGUGCUUUUACAACCACUGCCAGAUCUGAGCUCGCACUUAUUCUCAAGGUCCAGGAGUUCUGUUAUGAUAACAUGAACUUUAUGAAAGUCUUCCAGAAGAUUGUCUUACUCUUUUAUAAAACGGAUGUUGUAUCAGAAGAAGUAAUAUUGAAAUGGUACAGGGAAGGUCAUUCGGUUAAAGGAAAAAUGCUCUUUUUAGACCAAAUGAAAAAAUUUGUAGAGUGGCUACAGAGUGCUGAAGAGGAAUCAGGAUCAGGAGAAGAAGAAGAUUAAAAAAUAUUCAAAAGAACGCAUCAUUGUCAGUGAUGAAAAAUGACAUAGUCCCAAAAUUUCAAGACAUCAAGAACAAUUCAAUAUCAAUUGGAAAAGACAUGAACUCUUCAUUGAAAAUAUACAAAAUAGGUAAAACUUAAGUCAAUGUUAGGUACACCAUGAUGGAUCAGGUAUUUCAGGAAAGAAUAGAAAAUUUUUAAAAUUGUCAAUAAGAACUCUAAAUACUAACACAAUCCAAUCAGUGUUAAAGAACUGUAAAUUUGCAAUGUCUUUGAAUUGUAUUACUUUAAGAAAAAAUAUUUUGUGUUACAUUUUUAUAAACUCCGCUACAAAAUAUAUACAGAACAAAGAAAUUAUAAAAGAAAAAAAUCUUUAUCCCUGUGUACGUACAAUUUUCGGAUCCCUGUCUUUCUUUGUAUAUAAUAAUAUUGUACUAGUUUAUAGAAAAUAUAUACUGACAGGUGGUGUUUAAUUA